AUUGUAUUUUAUUAUAUUGUGAUGACAGUGUUGCUGCAAGUACCUUAUUAAAUUAAAAAUUAAUAUAAUGAUAGCAUUAUUGCGAUGCGAGAGAGAAAGGCAACACAUUGCAGAAAUCCGUGCAAGCAGAAUUAUGAGAAGAAGAAUCAGAGACAUGCUUGAUCCGUUUGAUCUCCCUGAAAAUGAAUUUAUAGGAUUGUAUCGAUUAUCUCGAAAUAUGGUGCGAGCUCUUAUAGCAGCAUUAGAGCCACAUCUUCCUUUACGGAGAAAAGUUAUAGGAAUUCCAAAUGAGCUAAAAAUAUUAUGUGCUCUGAAUUUCUACGCUCAAGGAAGUUACCAGAAAGCUGUUGGUGUUGACAGUAGAUUAAGCAUAGCUCAAAGUACGGUAAGUGUAAUUUUACAGCAAAUAACACGUGCCAUCAACCAGCAUCUCUUAAGGCAACAUAUACAUUUUCCGACAACACCACAGGAAGUACGAGACAUUAUACAAAGAUAUGCGAUGCGGAUAUGCAUAUCCUGAACAUAGUGGCGAGGUAUCCUGGCUCCACUCACGAUUCCUUUGUAUGGAGGAACUGCUAUAUUA